GAAGCUCUAAUAAUUUGGAGGACCAGGUACUGUUACCGCCACGUGGCACAUAGAGUUGGUUGGUUGGUCGAGUAGAAUAGUAAAGAAGAAGAAGAAGAUCGAUCCAUCAUCAUGGAGGGAGGAGGAGGAGGAGGCGAGAGCAGUGAACGGAGUCCGUCAGGUAGCGGGACCAGGCUGAGAGUGAGACCCGACCCUUUCUUGGUGGUCUGUCGCGGCUUCAGCGUCGUCACUGCUCUCACCGCCAUUCUCUGUAUCGUCGUCAACGUCCUCUCCGCCAUCCGAUCCUUCGAGGACGGAUCUGAUAUUUUCAAUGGUAUAUUCCGGUGUUAUGCUGUUCUCAUUGCCAUUUUUGUGGCUGUGGCCGAGACCGAGUGGGAAUACGUUACCAAGUUCUGGAAGGUAUUGGAGUACUGGGUUGGUAGGGGGAUGCUGCAGAUCUUUGUUGCGGUCAUGACAAGAGCUUUUCCUGACUAUACUGGUGCUAAUGACGCGCUUAUUCUUCUUCAGAACAUAGCCAGCUAUAUGCUUCUUGCUUGUGGUGUGCUCUAUGUUAUUUCUGGAAUUCUAUGUAUGGGCUUCCUCAAACGUUCUCGCCAGCAGAAAGAAAUUUCAAGGGAUCAAGCAAUUAAGGAUCUUGAGGAGUUAGAGCGGCGAAGGGAAGAACUUGAACACUUGCUUGUUGAGGAAAGAGCUUAACACAAGACAGCCUAGGCAAGAAAAGUGACCUGUGAACCCUUUCAAUCUAUGCAUUUCGUAUGGACUGUCCUUUCAUUGUUUGAUUCUCCUUGUGACUUUCCUCAACUUGUUGUUCACAGGAGCUGAUUUCUUUGUAUAGUUAAUGUUAAAGGUGUGCGUUACUCUUGUUUUGUUAAGUUCCGAUGUUGAAUGUACAUCUGCAGCUUCAAUCAAAUACUAGCUUCUGCAAAGUAAAUUUUGGUUGCAGCUCCUUGAGUUUUUAUUCUGUUAAUUUGAUACACUUUGCUAC